CCACUGUGUAAAACACUACUUAAAAUUUAAAUAGCUGAACAAUGAUUCACAUCAAGUGUAAGGACAUAAAUUUAGAUCCUUUACCUGUUAAGAUUGGUAUAAUUGGUGGAAGUGGUCUCGAUGAUCCAGAUAUCUUGGAAAAUCGUAAGGCAACCGAAAUCGACACACCCUAUGGCGCUCCUUCCGAUGCUUUGAUAGAGGGUGAAAUUGCUGGCGUAAAAUGUGUUUUAUUGGCACGACACGGACGUAAGCACAACAUAAUGCCAAGUAAUGUAAAUUAUCGUGCCAAUAUAUGGGCCAUGCGUCAAGUGGGUUGUACACAUUUGAUAGUAUCAACUGCUUGUGGUUCACUACGUGAAGAAAUUCGUCCAGGUGACUUAGUCAUGCCAAAUGAUUUUAUUGAUCGCACAACAAAGCGUUCACAAACAUUUUUCGAUGGUGGUGGACAGAGUCCACAAGGUGUCUGCCAUUUGAGCAUGUAUCCUUCGUUCAGUGAACGUGUAAGGGAAGUGCUUAUUGCCACUGCCAAAGAACUAGACUAUAAUGUACAUGAAAAGGCAACUAUUGUCACUAUUGAAGGCCCACGGUUUUCCUCACGUUCUGAGAGUAACAUGUUCCGACAAUGGGGUGGUGAUCUUAUUAACAUGACCACAUGCCCUGAAGUGGUGUUGGCUAAAGAGGCUGGCCUUUUAUAUGGCUCCGUUGCUAUUGCAACUGAUUACGAUUGUUGGCGUAUGGGUUGCGAGGGUGUUAAUGUUCAAGAUGUGCUUAAAACCUUCGGCGAGAAUGUUAUCAAAGUAAAGAAUAUACUUGUGAAGGCCGUGCAGAAUAUAGCUAAACAAGACUGGAGCGAAGACAUUUUAAAUGCCAAGGAUUGUGUAUGCAAGAAUACAAUGUCCGGUGCAAUGUGACGCUUUUUACUAUUGUGCAAUGAAAUCACCAGCGAAAUUAUACAAAACAAAAAACCAUUAGUUUCUGGUAAAACAUUGGAUAAAUCAAAAAAGAAAAUGCCAAUGAUUCCUGAAAUAUAUUCAAUUUCCAUAGCUUAUGAUAUGAUCCCAGACCCAAAGAGGCAAAGAAAAACGCAAACACUUCAAGAGUCGGAUACAGAGUAAUAUUUGGAUUUUUUUGACCAACAUUAUAAACACAAGUUCUUUAUAAAAUGCAUUUAAUAUUUCCACAUA